CCAUCACACUGAGAUACAGCACACUUUACACAAUAAAAGAUAACAUAUUGAUGCCAACUUACACUUCACACUCAACCUUAUAAAUAACAUGAACAAGUUUCUGUGUAGGAUCAUCACCAUCUGUGAAAUCAGUAAUCAAAUUUUUUGUUAAUUUAUUCAAACAUGUUGGCAAUUUUCCACGAGGCGUUUGCUAACCCACCUGAGGAGCUCAACAGUCCCGCAUCUCACAAUGGUUCCAAGAGGCCUAAACUUCCUGAAGAAACUCUCCAGGACUUCCUUUCUCAUCACCCUCUCAACACUUGCACCAUGAACUUUGGCCAUGCAGCUGUUCUUGCUUAUGUGCGCCCUGAAACUCCUUUCCCUCCUCAUCAAAGGUUGUUUUGUGGGUUUGAUGAUAUAUAUUGUGUGUUCCUGGGGAGCUUGAACAACUUGAACUCACUCAAUAGGCAGUAUGGUUUGGCAAAGUCAAGCAAUGAGGCGAUGUUUUUAAUUGUUGCAUAUCGAACCCUUCGCGACAGAGGUCCAUACCCGGCUGAUCAGGUUGUUAAGGAUCUUGAAGGAAGCUUUGCUUUUGUUGUUUAUGAUAGCAAGACUGGUACUGUCUUUGCUGCACUGGGUUCUGAUGGUGGAGUUAAACUCUACUGGGGUAUUGCAGCUGAUGGCUCUGUGGUGAUUUCUGAUGAUUUAGAGGUCAUAAAAGCCGGCUGUGCCAAGUCAUUUGCUCCUUUUCCCACAGGAUUCAUGUUUCACAGUGAGGGAGGAUUGAUGAGCUUCGAGCAUCCAAUGAACAAGAUCAGGGCAAUGCCGAGGAUAGAUAGUGAAGGAGUUCUGUGUGGAGCCAAUUUCAAGGUUGAUGUUUACACAAGGGUCAACAGCAUUCCGAGGGUAGGGAGUGAAACUAACUGGACUCACUGGGACCCACAUUAAACGACUGUCAUUUGUCCACCCAUUGCACUGAAAUCACUAGCUCUUUUUUAUUUUUAUUUUGCCUUCAAAUAAUAAGACCAAAAGUUUUGUAGGUUUUUUCCUUGUUUUGAAUUUCUAUUGCCACUGUUAUUAUGUACAUAGUGAUUAUUCA